AUGGCUGCUACCAUACACAUUACACAAGUAUUCCAACUAUUGUUUUGGUGCGCGUGCCUGUAUUCUAGUAGACUUGCGUCGGGUGCAGAUUAUGAUGAAUUCGAUUUCGAUGGCUUGCCGGGUGUGCAACAUGAAUUUAAGAUUGAAGUGCCGGCAGGAGGAGAAGAAUGUUUUCAUCAGAAAGUGGCGGAAGGGGCAAACCUACACAUGUCUUUCGAGGUCCUUAGGGGUGGUACUGAGAGGCUGAUCGACGUGGUAAUUCGGAACCCCACUAAUUUUAUCGUGGAAGGUCACUAUGGCAAACCGGAAAUCGUUAUUCAGCAUCUUGUAGAAAUUGCUGGUGUUUAUACAAUAUGCGUGGAUAACACGUUUAGCAGGAUGGCCUCUAAAUUAGUAUAUGUGUACAUAAUUACUUUUGUUCCUGCUGAGUGGACAAAGUACGUCCAGGAGAUUGAAGACAUGGAUAUGACUGUUUCCAACUUUACGCAUUCUAUAUCUGAAGUACAGAAGUCGUUGGAGGAGGCCAAACUACAUCAAGCCAGUAGCCGUAUGAAUGUUGUGAAAGACUGGUAUUUGAUAAUGGGAAACAAUAGUUACAUAGUGAAAUGGUCCAUAGCUCAGAUUUGUGUGGUUGUUUGUUCAUCUGUAUUUACUGUAAUUUUCGUCCGUAGAUUAUUUAAAAUUCCAAAUGUGACACCAUCUCAAAAACCACGAGCAUAA